UUCUGCUGUGUUUAGACAUAGCGAAGAUCUUAUCUCAGCAAGCCCGAGGAGCAACUUACUGCAAAUAGUACUAAUAACAACACUCUGUAUACUUUCCACGAGGCAACAUCUGUGUGUGCUUAGAUAAGCUGUAUUUGUGCUUUGCACCAGCUGCUGUGAUCAUAGUGCAGUUGUCCGCUGGUUUUUGUCUGUGAUGAUUGCAAAAUGUUCCAGAGAGGUUUUACCAGCAGUGAGUAGAGACGACAGCUGAGUUUGUGCCCUUUAAGGACUGCAUCCCAUGGUAAUUCUCAUCAGUAAAACCAUUAAUACCAAGAUAAUCUUAAAUCCCACUGAUUUUAUAUACUCCUUCCCAAAUCAGUAUCAUUUGCUGGUUUAGUAAGUACAUUUUCUAUGCCUUUCUGAAUGGGAUGGAAAUUGUGAAAUUACGAAUAGAUGAAAAUACUGACUAACAUCCUGGAAAGGGCAGGUUAUUGCACAAUCAACUGAGUUCAUAAUUCUAGAUCAAGUGGACUACAUGUGGCUGCUUUUGAGCAUGAUUGUGCAACACAUCCGGCAGUACGUAAUGCCUUUACAAUUUCCCAGGUGUUAAUGAGAAUGUACAAUGGGAUGUGUCAAAAGUCUUCAUAAAACUAAGAUGUAUUACACUUGUUGCUGCCUGCCUAGCUCUUCAGCCACAUAUGUUAUCAAAGAUGGGGAUGAGAUUGGUCUGACCCUCUUGUUUUUUGUUGAAUUAUGUGUCUCUUAUUGCAGGAGCAUCUCUAAAGCAGCCUUCCAAGCUGUUUGGCUGCAGUGCUGGUUGCCCUUGCUGCCUCUGUGUGUUCUCCUCCCUGUUCCCUCCCUGACUUUCACAAGCCCUGAGAUGCAGCUGCUGACUCACUUUCUCACUCAAGUUCUGCCUUCCCCCUGUGCAUCCACAGCCCUGGUGUGCGAAGGCUGUGUGAGAAAGGAAUUGUUUGGGUAUCAUGGGAGUGAAAGCUGUUGAGAAGGAGGCUGUCAUGUCUGAAAUCACGCUGAAGAGGUUAUGAGGACAGGGGUGGCACUGAGCUGUGGAAGGUAGCUUCUGGGACCUGGGGCACUGAUGUGACUGGGAUGAUAUUCGGGUGUGAUGCUGUGUGGGGUGGGACUGACCACUGGCAGGGAGGGGAGGCAACAGGUUCAUGAAGUAAUCAGGGAAGAUGAGAGCAGCUUCCACUGGAGUCCAUUAUCCCUUCCAACUCUUCUUUGCUUUCUGCUUAUUGGAGCAUCUACAGGAUCUGCAGCCUGGUAAGGCUGCACGUUGCAGGGAAAAGAGGGCCCAUCCAUGCUUGCACUGGACCUCCUACUGCAAGCAGGUAGGACUGAGGCCAGAGCUUCUCCCAUGUGUCAAGGUUUAAGGCAAGGCAGCAAUAAACUAUGGCAGACGCACUGUUAUCCCCUUUACCCUCCCUCCACCCCCUCCUUUAGAUCAGAAAGAUGAUAAGGAAGAUAAGGAGGAAGGAAGAGAGACUUAGACUUCAAGUUGGAAGGUUUUAAAGGGUUUUACUAAUGCUACUACUAAAUAGCGAAUAUAUACAAAAUAUACAAAAGCAAUCUUGAAUGCUUGACAUGGAGCUGGCAUCACUCCAGUGGUGGCAGAGCUGGGUGGGUGGAGCUGGUGUGGCUUCAGCAGCUGUAGGGCAGGUACCCAGAAGACAUGGGUGAGACUUCACAGCAAACGGGAAACUGGUUGCAGGGAUUGCAGGGCCUCAGGCCUAGUAUCACAGACACGCAGACAGGGUCCUCCAGAUGCUGGCCAUGGUCAGAGAGGCCUUGACCCUCGUGAUCACCCUCUUAUAUAGGGGGUAUGCCAAUUAUGGGGUGGAAUACUCAGUUGGUCAGUUUCAGUCACCUGUUCUAUCUGCCCCUCCUUCCAAAUAUGUCCUGUUAUCAGUUAACCUUGGUUACCAUUGGUCCUCUUAUCAGCACCAAGUACAGUGUCCAAGAAAAAUAUACAGGCGCUUUGCUGAGAGGAAAAAUCACUAAAAGUGAAAACAGGACACCACCUUUCCGAGACACAGCGUGAAGUGCAGCUGCCAACCCCAGCCGAACUUCAUCUUCUCCUGAAGUACAGCAGUGCUCACUCAGGAACUGGCAUCAGAGUUUCCCUUCCUGGCUGGUGCAGAACUACGUUUAGUACUACUUGGUGCUGGGGGAAAGGUGAACUUUGGCUCCUGAGCCUGUCACUAGCUGGGCACAAGGGCUCAAAGGCACAAAACUGUCCCAGAGCCCAUGUGCUGAGAAGGCAGGAAUGAGGGAAGGAGUUCCUGGCUCACGGCUGCUGCUGACCAGAAGAGCAGUGUUAUUAACAUCCUGCAGCAAGUCAUCACUUCAGCCUGAAGGGCUGUGGAAGAAAUAAGCAAUGCAUGAAACUGGAUGAAAUUAAAUUCUACAUCUAUUCAUUCGGGACCCUGAUGAGUGAUACACAGGGAGAGGUAGAAGAUGGUCAAUUUCACAGAGAAUGCAACUGAGAAGUGCAAUAUUAAUCAUGAUAUCCACCAGACAUUAUCCCCUGUGAUAUACAUAUUUGUAUUUAUAUUAGGCUUGCCAGCUAACUGCCUGUCACUGUACUAUGGGUAUUUACAGAUCAAAGCUAAAAAUGAAUUGGGUAUCUACCUUUGCAAUUUGACUGUAGCAGACCUGCUCUACAUAUUUUCUUUGCCUUUUUGGCUUCAGUAUGUUUUACAGCAUGACAAUUGGACCUACGAUGAGCUGCUGUGCAAAAUUUGUGGCAUCCUCUUGUAUGAGAACAUCUAUAUCAGUGUGGGCUUCCUCUGCUGCAUCUCCAUUGACCGCUAUCUCGCAGUAGUGCAUCCUUUUCGGUUCCAAUGCUUUCGGACUAUGAAGGCUGCUGUGAUUGUAAGCAUCGUUAUCUGGACCAAAGAAAUAAUUACAUGCUGCUUUGUUUUUACACAUGCGGAGGUCAGUAUGGAUGCUGACAGCCAUGUGGUGUGUUUCGAGCAUUACCCCAUCAAAAAAUGGGAGCACAACGUCAAUUACUACCGCUUCUCUGCUGGCUUCCUUUUCCCCUUCUUUCUGUUGGCCUUUUCUUACUGUGGGAUUUUACGAGUUGUCCACAAGAGUCAUGGAACUCAAAAGAAGAAGAAAAUCCAAAUUAAACGACUGGUUUCAAGCACUGUUUUAAUUUUUUUAGUUUGCUUUGGACCAUACCACAUCCUACUUGUGAUCCGCAGCUUGUUGGAGAACAACUGCUCAUUUGCUGAGAAAAUAUUUAAUAUUUACCAUGUUUCUCUCCUGCUGACUACUUUUAACUGUGUUGCUGAUCCAGUGUUGUACUGUUUUUCCAGUGAAAGCACUUACCAGAACUUUGCCAAGAUGCGAGACUCUUGUUUAACUUGUUUAGGGUGCCUGAGGACCGAGACAAAGGAAUCCUAUCCACUGAACCCUCCAGAAAGUCCCAACAGGCCACGGCACGAGCAACAACCAGAUGAUGGUACUGAAAGGAAAGACUCCUGCACAGCUAACAUGGGCAGCCUAUAGCAUUCAUCAAAAAAGGACGUUAGUCUAAAAUCUGCAGCUGUGGCUGUGUUUGUGUAUCCAUCUGAUUUAUCCAUCUAUUACAACAGUGUUACUUCCCAAAGGCUUAUUAGCAAUGCAGUGCAGUGAGGUCAUUUCUGAGGUGCGUAGACCUUGGCAAUAGUGAGGAAAACACAGGCUAAGUCACCUCAGUACAAUCACGUGCCUGUUGUCAUUGUGGUACCACUCAAAACCUGCUAUCUUGAUGUCUGCAUUGACUGGAAUAAGAACCACGCUGAUGGUGUGUGGUUCUGCUGAAUUUAACUGCUUUCUGUUUGCCCCUGUAGCACCUGGAGAAAAUAAUUCUCUACAGGAUGUCUUCAGCUGUUUGAAAGGUUGGAGACAAAACAAAUUAAAUGUCCCCAUAUGUACUUUAAAAAAGAAAAAAAAAAUUAAAAAGCAUUUCUGUUACAUUCCUGUAACUCUUGGAAAUAACUUCUCCUUCAGCUAGUCUUGAGGCCUGCAGAGACUGUGCCAGAACCAGCCUUCCAAAACAACUAAUCUAAUAACAUGAGAUGUUCUGGGAGAACAUGCACAAGGAACUUAGCAUCUGCUGAGAUCUCCAGUCUGUUGAUUGAGUGUUGAAUUUCAGACUGUUGAACCUCAUCAUAAAGCUCCUAUUGACUUCCAGAGGUAGGAGAUCUCUUGGCUUUGAUGCAGAUAAAUCAUUUGAUCUGUUGACUUGGUAAAGAACUGGACGUUGAAGGUACAUGAGGCAUUUUGGACUCCUGAACUUCUCCUUGCUAAGGUUUGGAUUGUGUCCUUCACAACUUUUGUGUGUGGCACAGCAUGGAACACACAGGCAAUUGAAUGUUAAAUUUAAUUAAUUAAUUAAUUAAUUAAUUAAUUGAACUGUUAAAUGGA